AUGGCGCUGAACUCCCGUCGCCGGUCUUUUUGGAACGGUAGCUCCUUCCAGGCUCUUCUCAUCGUGCUGGGUGCUGUGCUUUUAGCCUUCAUGACAGCUUUGAUCGGGCUCUACCUUGCCCUUAGUGACACCGAGAAUGAGCGCACAACUGUGCAGCGCUUGCGCCGUGCGCAUUCAGCAACCCUCCAUGCAGUGGAGCGUGCUAGCAGGGCAGUACGGGGUGCUGUUCACAGCCCAACUCCUGCAAGGUCAACCUCCAAAAGUGUGUCCCAAAGUGUUGCGAACUCUGUGCUUGGUAUUGCAAGUUCAAAGACUCUAGCUCAAGCUCCAGAGCCAGCUUGGCAUCCAGAAAUAUUGGAGCCGUUGGCUAGGGGAGGAUCUGGCAUUGUCAUUCUGGCACACGACAAGCCCGACACACUUGCCAGGUGCCUAGACUCGCUUUCGAAGCAGCCAGAUUUGGGCCUUUUCGCUUUGACCGUUUCAUUGGACCAUGAGCCUUCCUUCGCGAAGAUGGAGGCCACUGUGCGCGCUUCGUCAACCGGGCAUCAGAUCAAUGUUUGGAAAAAGCCAGACGAUCCAAAGCAGAAGGUGCCCGUGGCGAAGAUCGCUGCACAUUUUCACUUUGCCCUUUCGCAAAGUUUCGAGGUGGCAAAGUAUGAGUUUGCAAUUUUCAUUGAGAAUGACCUGAUCUUAGCACCUGACUUUCUUUGGUAUUUUCGACUUGCUGCUCCAUUAUUGGACCGUGAUCCAUCUCUUUGGUGUGUCUCCUCUUGGAAUGACAAUGGCUUCCAAGAGAUUGUGUCUGACGAGCUCCGACUCUUUCGCACAGACUACUUUCCUGGCUUGGGAUGGAUGAUUCGUAACGACACCUGGGUACUGCUGCGGCCCUUGUGGCCAAGCUUCCCCAGCACUGGCUGGGACCACUGGCUCCGCCAUGGGGUUCCGGAGCUCCGCUCUCGCGACUGUGUAGCGCCUGAAGUACCACGGAGCAAACACGUGGAUACCAAAGGGACCAACGUCAAGGCUGGAAAUGGCAUUUUUAAGCUUCUGGAGAAGAUGGCCUUCAGCAAGCUGCCACAUGGUCAGUUGAAGGAGGUCUCAUAUUUGUUAAGGGACAGCUAUGAGGCUCACAUGCAAAAGCUGAUUCAAGAAGCAGCCUUGGUGAGCAAUGUGGAUGUCCUGAGGCUGAGAUCUACGGCUCAAUCAACGCACCAUUACAAGAUCCCUUAUGCGAGGGAGGACUUCGCUACCGUCGCCAAGAAGCUUCAGCUCUACCCAGGGCAGCCCAGAGGAGCUCGACGAGGUGUCAUCCUCACCCAACAUCCACAGUCGCGAGUGAAGAUCGCCCUGGUGGAUCGUCGUCAGGCUUGA